UCCCCCGCCAGCACGUGAGUGUUAAAACCCCCAGAGGAGAGGGCAGGACUGUGGGCAUCAUCGCUCUGUCGACUGCAGGACUCCCAUUACUGUGACUGAGAGAGAAGAGACGUGAGUGCCGCCUGCCUGUAUAUGUAUGAGUGUGUGUGUGUGUGUGUGUGUGUGUGUGUCUGUUAGAAACCGUUGGAGGGUGUAAUAUUGACUGGGAGGAGUCAGACACUGUGAUUUGUAGAUCCUUUGAUGGAUGAUUCCUAUAUGUGAAUGAGGGAGGACGCGUGUGGGAGAUUCUACGACUCCUUCUUUCAGAGCUCUUCCCAGGAGGAAAGAAAUGGAGAGGGGACUGUAAAAACAGACUGUGGUUGGACCACAGCACAAAGACCAGAGCAGAACCAGCCGUCUGGUGUGGAGAUGCUGGGUUGGGCUGGUUUGUGGAUUUGGGGUGCACUGGGUGCCCUGGUUCUGGUGGGUCAGUCUGAAGCGUGCCCACCUCACUGUUCCUGUACGGGAACCACCGUGGACUGCCAUGGACUUGCCUUCAAGAAUGUGCCACGAAAUAUACCAAAGAACACAGAAAGACUAGACUUGAACGCGAACAAUCUCACACACAUUGGAAAGGACGACUUUGCUGGACUGAAGCACCUGAGGAUUUUACACCUCAUGGAUAAUCAAAUUGUGUCUAUAGACAAAGGAGCAUUCAAUGAUCUCAAGGAGUUGGACAGAUUGCGUCUCAACAAAAAUCGUCUCCAGCAAAUCCCCGAGCUUUUGUUCCUGAAGAAUCCGUCUCUCUCCAGACUGGACUUAAGUGAGAACUUCAUACAGGUCAUACCAAGGAGAGCGUUUCGAGGCGCUACGGACAUCAAGAACUUACAGCUGGACAAGAACCACAUUAGCUGCAUUGAGGAUGGAGCAUUUCGUGCCAUGAGAGUUUUGGAGGUCCUCACACUGAACAACAACAAUAUCAGCACCAUUCCAAUCUCCAGCUUCAAUCACAUGCCCAAAUUACGUACAUUCCGUCUGCACUCUAACAGUCUGCGAUGUGAUUGUCAUUUGUCCUGGCUGUCUCAAUGGCUCAGACAGAGACCAGCGCUGGGUCUGUACACACAAUGCAGUUCUCCAUCCAACCUACACGGCCUCAACCUCGCUGAACUACAAAAGAAAGAGUUCACGUGCGCUGGUAUUUUGGAUUCAAGUCCCCAGCCCUGUAGCCUGGCGUCUGGUUCUUGUCCGCCAAUGUGCACCUGCAGUAACAAUAUUGUGGACUGUAGAGGAAAAGGUCUCACGGCCAUUCCAGCCAAUAUGCCAGAAAGCAUGACUGAAAUACGAUUAGAGCAGAAUGGUAUUAAAUCUGUUCCUCCAGGAGCGUUUGCCCCCUACAAGAGACUGCGUAGAAUUGAUUUGAGUAAUAACCAAAUAUCUGAAAUUGCCUCUGAUGCGUUUCAAGGUUUACGCUCACUCAACUCACUGGUUCUUUAUGGAAAUAAGAUUACAGAUCUGCCUCGAGGUGUUUUUGACGGAUUGAGCGCAUUAGAAUUACUACUAUUAAAUGCCAAUAAAAUCCACUGCGUUCGUGUAAACGUCUUCCAGGACCUGGAAAACCUGUCUCUAUUGUCUCUGUAUGACAAUAAGAUCCAGACUUUAGCCAAAGGGACGUUUGCUCCACUGAAAUCCAUCCAGACACUACACCUGGCACAGAAUCCAUUCGUCUGUGACUGCAGUUUAAAGUGGCUGGCCGAUUUUUUGCGCUCCAACCCGAUUGAGACCAGCGGUGCACGCUGCUCGAGCCCACGACGUCUCGCCAACAAACGCAUCAGUCAAAUUAAAAGCAAGAAGUUUCGAUGUUCAGCCAAGGAACAGUACCACAUUCCAGGUGCGGAGGACACGCGCUUGAAUAAGGACUGUAACAGCAAGCCUGUGUGUCCACCAAAAUGUCGCUGUGAAGCUACUGUAGUGGACUGCUCGAAUUUGCGUCUUACCAAGUUCCCAGAGCACCUGCCACUGUCUACUACUGAACUUCGUCUUAAUAACAACGACCUGUCCAUCCUGGAGGCAACAGGACUGUUUCGGUCCCUAACACAUCUGAAGAAGAUAAACCUUAGCAACAAUAAAAUCUCUGAGAUUGAAGAUGGAGCUUUCGAUGGUGCGUCGUCUGUGGUUGAACUUCACCUGACUGCCAAUCACUUGGUGUCCGUGCGUGGAGGAAUGUUCCGGGGAAUGGACGGAUUACGCAUGCUGAUGCUCAGGAAUAAUCACAUCCGUUGCAUCCACAACAGCAGCUUUGCUGGCCUUCAAAACGUUCGUCUGCUCUCGCUCUACGACAACCAGCUUACCACAAUCAUGCCAGGAGCGUUCGACACAUUACCAAACCUCUCUACCCUAAACCUGCUGGCAAACCCUUUUAAUUGCGAUUGUCGUCUGUCUUGGUUGGGAGAAUGGCUUCGCUCUCGGCAGAUUGUGACAGGGAAUCCUCGCUGUCAGAACCCUCCUUUCCUGAGAGAGAUCCCGUUGCAGGAUGUGGCAAAGCCUGACUUCCGCUGUGACAAAGCUAUCGUUGAAGACAACACUGGAUGUGUCCCCAAGCCGGAGUGUCCAGAGGAGUGCAAUUGUGUGGAUACGGUGGUGCGUUGCAGUAACAAACACUUGGUUGGCCUACCCCAUGGCGUCCCACACAACGUCACUGAACUAUACCUGGAUGGGAAUCAGUUUGUUGCAGUACCCAAAGAGCUUUCAACAUUUAAGCACCUUCAGCUUGUGGACUUGAGCAACAAUAAAAUCAGUUCCCUAUCCAACUCAUCUUUUGCCAACAUGAGCCAGCUCACCACACUAAUCUUGAGUUACAAUGCACUGAACUGUAUUCCUCCUCUUGUGUUUGGAGGUCUGUCCUCUCUACGAUUGCUCUCUCUUCAUGGCAACAAUAUUUCCGAAUUACACCAAGAAAUCUUCAGAGAUUCUGCAUCUUUAUCACACCUGGCCAUCGGUGCAAAUCCGCUCUACUGUGACUGUCGUAUGCGUUGGCUGUCUGACUGGGUGAAAAGUGGGUAUAAGGAACCCGGCAUCGCCCGUUGUGCUGGGCCAAAGGGGAUGGACGGAAAACUGCUGCUUACCACGCCAGGCAAUAAUUUCCAAUGCACAGGCCCUGUGGAUCCAUCUGUGUCUGGGAAAUGCAGUCCAUGUUCUUCGAACCCCUGCCAAAAUCAAGGCCGAUGCCACAAUGACCCUGUACAUCAUUACAAAUGCAUCUGUCCUCAGGGUUACAAGGGAAAAAGCUGUGAUAUUCCCAUCGACGCCUGUGAAGGCAAUCCAUGUGUAAAUGGAGGAACUUGCAACACGAAAGAGGCAAGAAAAGGCUUCAGCUGUACGUGUCCCCUGGGAUACGACGGUCAGUUCUGUGAGGUAGACGUCGAUGAUUGUGUAGAUAACAAGUGUGAAAAUGGCACCAUCUGUGUGGAUGGAGUGGGAAAUUACACCUGUGUCUGUCCUCACCCCUUCUCAGGCCCAAAAUGUGAAGAGUAUGAGGAAGAUCUGUGUUAUCCUGGACAAAAUCCUUGCCAUCGUGGCUCUACUUGUAUACCAACAGUCACAGGACCAAAAUGCAUUUGUCCACCUGGUUUUGUUGGCGAUGACUGCAGUAUAGAUUAUAAUGAAUGUGAUGGGCAUUAUUGUCAGAAUGGUGCUCGGUGUGUAGAUCAUGUAGCGGGUUAUACCUGUGUUUGCCCACAGGGUUACAGUGGUCGGUUAUGUGAAGUGGCUCUUAUGCCAUCGGGCUGUGAGUUGGUGCACUGUGAGAAUGGCGCCCCCUGUGUGGAGAGUGAAGCAGGUGCAGUGUGUCAAUGUCUGCCUGGAUUUGGGGGGUCACAUUGUGAAAAGCUUCUCAGUGUCAACUUCAUCGACAGAGACUCGUACCUGCUGCUGAGUGAUCUUAAAAACUGGCCCCAGACCAACAUCACUCUACAGGUCUCUACGGCGGAGGACAAUGGCGUCCUUCUCUACAAUGGAGUCAAUGACCACAUUGCUGUAGAACUGCAUGAAGGACACGUCAAAGUAACCUACGAUUCAGGAAACCAGCCAGGCAGUACUAUUUACAGCUCGGAAAUAGUGAACGAUGGAGAGUUUCAUACAGUCGAGUUGGUUACAUAUGAACGGAUGGUCAAUCUAUCAGUCGAUGGAGGACUUCCCACGACUCUAGACAGCCUGGGACACGUCCAACCUCUCAUCAGAGACGCCCCACUAUACGUCGGUGGUAAGCCUGAAAACGCCCAGUCGUUGUCGUUUAACCAGUGGCCGGGUCUUAAUGGAUCCAGUUUUCAGGGUUGCAUUCGGAAUCUGUACAUUAAUAAUGAGCUACAGGACUUCACUCGGACCCAGAUGAAGCCCGGAGUGGUGCCCGGGUGUCAGCCCUGUCAGGAACUCCGCUGUGUGCAUGGACUGUGCCAACCGGCCACCGCUGUUGGACCCGUGUGUCACUGCAAGGCGGGCUGGGGUGGGCCACACUGUGAUCAAGUCCUUCUUAUGGCUGCCGUCAAUCCUUGCCAGAAAAACAAGUGUGUCCAUGGUACGUGUGUUCCAGUAGACAUUCAGUCUUAUCGCUGCGAGUGUGCAGAGGGUUUUCAUGGCUCUUUAUGCAGUCAACCUGAAGUUCCCCCAGAUCCCUGUACAGCUCUUACCUGCCAACAUGGCUACUGUGAGUUAUCACGGACGGGUCAGGCACAGUGCAUCUGUGACAGUGGAUACAGCGGACGCUUAUGUGACAUAGUGUCUCCCUGUAAGGGUGAAUCCGUUAGGGAUUUCCAACGCAUACGUCGCGGUGAAGUCCAGUGUCGGAGCACGCAGCCGCUGUCGUGGCUGGAGUGUCGCGGGGGCUGCAGGGCGGACACGGGCCUCUGCUGCACCAGUACCAGAGUACGGCGAAGACGCUACAGUUUUGAGUGUGACGACGGCAGUUCAUUUACGCAGGACGUCGAGAAGACCGUUGAAUGUGGUUGUAAUAAGUGUGUGUAGUCAUAUACAAAGGUCUGCAGAGAAGACAGUUAAAAGCUGGGACAUGUAGAAAUAGAGUGCAUUCAUAUCUAUGUACCAUGGACCAUAAUAUCUGUGAUGUAGGAGAGUUUGAAGAACUAUUUAAGAGAAGAUAACACUUGCAUGAGAAUGACUCAUUCAUUUUCACAUCUAAAUGUUGUAAGCUAACCAACAACUGGAUUAGUUGCUUAGAUUUAUUAAUUCAGUUUAACAGACAAAAUGUUAUACAGGCAUUAUAGUGUUGAUAUCAUUUUAAUAUCAUUGUAAAGUAUUUGUUUAACUUUAAAGUUAAGUUUGAUUGUAAUAUAUACUGUUUAAAUUUCAAUAUAGUAUUUUUGUAUGUUGAACACCAGCUUUGGUGAUGUAAAAUUUUUUACUUUUUAGUUUGUUUUCUACCCACAGUUGUUUGACACAUUAGAUUUUUUUUUCAAUAUGGUCUCGCACAAAUGUUGUUGUAACCAGUGAUGCGGUUUCUAUUUAUUUCAUUAAAGUGUUUGUCGUCAA